CCCUGUGCGCUGUAUCCGCGUGUCGCGGUAAACAACGAUGUUGUUGUUGAUCCCGUGUGUUUAUCUACUUGACGCGGAUGUUAGCUAGCUGCCGCGUUACUCCUAUACCGUAAAGGCGAGGGAAAGGGUAAAAAUAACGCGAUAAAUCUUCGCGCCGCGUCUAAUUGUUUUUCCCAUCAUAAAUUAAAGAACCGACCAUGUUUUGCUUCGUUUGUUUUCGUCCGUUCAUUCGCUACUCGUUCGAAGCGUUCUAGCUGUUUGUCCGCUUCUGCCAAGGAAAGUGGUAGUCGAUCUCUGCCAAUAGUUUAUCGCGGCGGUUCGUUCGCUUACUCGUUCGGUCUAACGGCGAAUAAACAAACGCCGUUAAGGUAGCUACCUUACGAGUAAAUGUUUUAUGAUCUUCGCGAGGGCACCACGUAACAAAGAAACGGUGCUCGUUUACGUCGAUAAUAUCGGAGAAUCGUUUUUCUCGCCGAGUAAUCGCGACACGGUUCGAGUCCGCGCUCGCCUUCGAGAUAUCGUUCUCCACGCUCGGUUCGAUCGAUAACGAAUAUUUAAAAACAGAACCGUCCUAUUUGUAGAUAACAAUGCUAAUUGUAGUUACGAACGUUUCGAUCUAUCGAUCGGCAUGUUUGCGUAACAAAAAAUGCAACCUGUUCGAAGCGACGAGGCAACGAAUAACGACGAUACCGCGCUUUAAUUUUACCGAAAAAUUAGUUUUUCGAAAGAAAUAGUGCUCCUGGCAAAAUAAAAUCGAGGUGAUUGCUUUCGUUUCGUGAAUCUUUCGCGAGCAAACGAUACCGAAAUGCGACAGAAACUGCUUUCUUCGAUCAAACAGGCCUUUCUUCGUUGCGUCGUCGUGGCAGUCGUUUUCGUAUCUUCUACCCAGCAAAACUUGGAUUCGGAGGCUCACCUAGAAGAAUGGUUUCGAGUCAAUCUGACAGAUUAUGCCGAUCAUUUAUUACCUCUGGUAUCGAACUUUAUCGCCGAAAACGAGAUGGAUCCAUUGACGAUUCCGGACGCUGCUCAAAGUUACUGGAUCGUUGGUAAACGGAAUCCAGCGUUGUUGCGUGACGUCACCAGUUCUGCCGGCGUCGCGUCCAGAUACUUUUAUACGACCGUUCUUAGCCGUACAGGUUAAAACAUACGUAUACUCUAUUUCAAAUAUACGAUUCUUCCUCGCGUGUACAGGAUAAAAGAAACACGAUUCGUUGCAAUUGCAAUUAGAAGGAAACUAUGAUUUUUAGGUGGACCGAUGUUCCGUGAUCUUCGACGAGGUAUUUGCGCCUUAAUCGUGAUUUGUGCAAAAAUAAAGUUAUUUAUUUAAAAUAAAGCAUAAGGAAAGAUAAGAAAGCACAGUCGAUUAACUAAUUUCUUUAAUUAUUGCCUCUUGAAGAUACAAUUUAAACCUUAUCUUCGUAUCGUUGCACCUGCUCGUUCGAUUAACAAUUUUUUUUCAAACAUUGAUUGCGGAAAAACAAACUGAACAAGUUCUUACGAUUCGUGACGUAAUUCGUUAUAAACACGAUUAUACCGAUUAUAGUCGCAACUAUUAUAUUUUGAUCGAUUACGUAAAGGAAGAUCGAACAAAGAUAUACGAAGAAUUUGAUUAAUCAGUUCUCCGCUACUUUAUUGACAAUCGAUAAUUUAUUAUUCCGAUAACAUGUAGAAUUAAUUGCUUGAUGAAUGAUGGAGAAACAAGGACGGCAGGGUGACCUCGAAAAGUAGAAGAAAUCUGGAGAAAAAAUGGUGAAUGACGGUACUCGAGCUGUUACAGCAUAAUAGAUUCGUAAAUCCAGCAGGUAUAUUAGAAUCGUUGAAAAUAUUUGAAGCGGUCAACGGUUCUUUUUCGCAGCUGUGUACCAGAUGAGUGAAAUUUGCGAAGUAUGUUUUUUUGUCGAGUUAGCACGUUUUCCUGUAUGCUUUACGAUUCGAUGACUCACGAACCGUUCCCGAGGCCAUCACGAGGCCUUCGUGUUCGUUGUUUCGGGUCAAUCGCUGCUCGAGGAUGACCGUUGUAUAGGGACCCAUUUAUUUCUUUCCUACCAGAUGUUUGCUAACUACUUACCUGUCUUUUCCGCCAGAUUUUUAUGGCAUUGAAACUGCGGAUUCAACGGUGCAGCUAUGAUCACCUUGCUCUUAACGACAUGUUUUUGUGGUAUUCGCAAAAUCAUUGUUGUUCCUACCAGCGAUAUACACCGAAUUAACGUAUUCUUUUUCUUCGGGGUCGAUGCACUAUUUAUCGAGAUUAGAGCGUUACGGUGCCAUUACUGUCGCGUACACGGGUCAAACGUUAACCAUCGACGCAAACAUCGCGUUUGACAGCGUUCUGGUAACUAUAAUCGAAUAUAUUCUUUGCUGUCGAUAGAAAAAAUUUAACAAUUUCUUUCUUUUCGCUUUGACACAGCUCACCUACGAUUAUUUCGUAAAAGUACUCCUUUUGGAACAACGGGGAAAAAUAUUCGCCGAUGCGAGUUCGAUUUGGGCCAACGUUAAACUCAACUUCGAUAUUCUCACUUGUCGAGUUACUCUAAAGACGAUCGAACUAACCGAUAUCAAAUCCAUUACUAUCUGGAUUCAAGGAAGCACUUUAACGGAACAACUGAUUACGCCAUUUUGCAAUAUUGGAGCAUUUGUAAUUAAAAAUGCGUUGAUAAAGCUGAUCGAAGAACAAGUAUCGGCGUCUCUUCGAACACAUUUCGACCGGAUAAACGCGACAAUUUGUCCUUGGAAUCCCGUUCCAAUUUAGAAAUUUUGCUUCUCAUUUAUGAAAGGAGCUUCGUUCUAGGUGCUAGGACAAUAACGGUCGUAAGAGCGUAUGGAUGCGUGUACGGCACACUAUGAAGCGAUAACGGACUAUGUUUUAAGAGUGGAACAGAUAUCGUUAAUAUUUCGUGAACGUAACGUGUUCCAGCGGCCCAACAUUCUUGCUUACUUCUCCUUAAAGCGAACAAAGUUGAGCGUAACCGCGUUUAGCGUUCCGCUUCGGAAUUAUUGCAUCCUACAAUGCGCGAGAUUGUGUUUGAUUAAUUGGUCGGAGUACUCGAGAAUGAAAACGAUAAUGCUCAUAAAAGUUGUUGAAGAUAAGAUACUAUCGGAUAAUGCGUCGAACAGUAGUAAUAAAAAAGAGGAGUCGGAUCGAAGAGGAAUAGUCGAACCAUUGACGAUUGACCGUUCGGAUCCAUCGACGCACCAUGGCAGCUCAAAUUCGAUUUUUCGCUUUACUUCUCGUUUCGGCGUUGUUCGUCACCGGCCACGCGAAUCUGCUCGAUGACAAUCAGGACAUUACCACUUACGGUAGAACGUUGAACAUCAGCGCGAUAGUCGACACCGUAUUGCCCACGAUUCGUGAUCAUAUACUGUCGGGAGGUUUGGACCCUUUGAAAUUGGACGACAUACACGAGAGUUUGCAAGGUGUAAUCAUAGGCGGCAAAUCUAUCGAUUUGACGAAUGGACAGCUUCAAGGAUUAUCGGAUAUAACUCGAACAAAUGAUGCUCUCGUAGUUCCCAACGAAGACGGAAGUUACACUUUGGACGCAACGUUUGGAUUCGAUAUACUCGACGCAAACUUCGACUACCGGUACAAGGGUUUCUUGAUCUCGAGGAGUGGAGAGCUGAAUGGACGUUUCAACAACAUCGAAAUAAAGAUAAUCGCGGAUGCGUGCUUGUCCAAGAAAACCGUUACUCUGCGCUCCGUCAACGUUGUCAGACUCGAUAAAGUGAGCUUAACUCUUAGAGGCCAUAAGAUCGAUGCCAUCUUGAACGCUAUAAUUAAACGUAUCACGUCAAAGUUCCAUAAUUCGAUUAUAAAGUUGGUGGAGAGUAAGGCUCUGGAGAGCGCACAGAAAUAUCUGAACAAAGUGAUCGCAAGUGUCUCGUACGCGAAACAAUUUGUGGCGGACAACAACAUUCUGCGAUCGGUACCAACCACCUAUGACUUCAUCGAGGUUUAAUCUAUAUCCCACGUUGACUUACAUAUUUCGAAACGUAGCGUCAUAAAUGGGGAACAAUAUCGAUAUCGACGCGCUCCUGACACGAUACAAGAGUAGUACCGUGUUAACAGUUUCAAAGUUCCGAUAACACAUCGCGUCCCAACGGCGAUUCGAAACUUUGAUCUCACUAAAUUUUUCAUGUUCUAAUCUGGCGUUUUAAUUGGAAGAUAUAAAUUAAGAAACAGCGAUUCCCCUGUGAAAACGUUUCAUUGGUCGUUACGUUCCGUGUUUUAUUUCUUACAGCAAUAAAGGAAAUUGAGAAAAUAGAAUGAAAUUUCAUUGCCAUCCUAUCUAUACCUAUACAAUAGACACAUCGAAAUUUCAAUUAUUGUCCAUUUUCGUAUACGAUGAUCGCGUUAACGGUGCGCGCAGAGAUUUGUCGAUAUAAAGACUAUUUUGAACGUUCGAUUUGCAGAGUUGCGACGGUUGAAAAUUCUUAACGAAUCGAAUCGGUCCGUGCGAAGAAGCAUGAAAUUGUCAAGUCGAGUCGGGCCGUGUUGAAUGAAGCCGAAUCGAGCGGUACCGAGCCGAACCGAGCUCGGCCGAGCAGAGCCGAGCCGAGCGGACGACGCGACGCCGCCUCGGCGGAUGUCGACGGCGAGAUUACGGUGAACGAGAGAGAAGCAUGGCUCCUCGGGAAGCCGAGUCGAACCGAAUCGAGUCGGACGAAGCCGAACCGCGCCGAGAAAAGCCGAAUCGAGAGCGCAGGACGCUAGGUCAGUGGCAGAUGUACGCUUCGAAACGAGCAACUGUCAAACUACCUUGCGGUUCAGGAUCGAUCGAAGAACGAACCAACCACGAAACGAUAGUCAAAUUAUACGUACAUCGUGAUCGGCGAAUAAUCAGAAUCGUUUCGACUUCUGAGAUUCAUGACAGUUAACGUUGAAAUGGAUACGCCGAUAAGUAAAUGAUGAGAGUAACGAUCGAGAUGUCGUAUGUCGAAGAAUUAAAAAGGCAUUCGUAGAUAUGUUUGAACGAAGUAGGAGGCGACGUUGUGUGUUACGAAAGGGAAAAGGUUAAUUGGGAAAAUGGUGCGGGAAAUUGGAUAGGUGGAUUUCGAAGAGGUGAAUUCGCGAGUGGCAAACGGGUAGGGUAGAAACGGUCGAUCUCGAUCACGAGAGUUCGAAAUAAAAACAGAUAUCGUAAUCGUAUCCGUAACGGUAACCGCGUUUUACUGGCCGCGAUCGAAAUUUAAAGACGAAUUCCGCAGAGAACGAGAGUCGGGGGAAAGAAGCGGAAAAAGAGUAAAGGUCAGGGUGAAAAGGGGUAACCGGAGGAUUUCGCGUGCGCCGCCGACUCGCGAGAGAAGUCGAGCAGAGCUCGCAAGCGGUGACGAGCGGCGACGAGCGGCGACGAGCGUGA